AGAUAUCUCUACAUUUCCCCCCAUCCCCCAAUGAUCAUUUCUUGACACAAUCAUGCCCCUCAUCCGAAACUACGAUUACUAUGAUCUCCUAAAUGUGGCGCCGAGCACCUCUGCACACCGCCCGACGGUGAUGGUGACGAGCUCGCGAUCCUAUAUGGAACCACAGAAAAGUCGAAUAUACUAUGGGAAGAAUGAGUGGAGAGGUGGCAACACGACAAUUCAUGAUCCGACAGAGUUUGAGGAGACUACUAUGGAUAAAAAUGCAAAUGAGAUAGCCGGUGACGAUAAACGGAAAAAGAAACGGUGGAGGGAUCUACUGUUUCCGAAUAGUAGACACUCAUCACGGAAGGAUAAGGAGAAUUCGAAUGUUAGCGUUGCUACGAGAAGCCUGUCUUCUGUGUCAUUCCGAUCUGAAAAGCCAUCGAGACGACGAGAAUCUGGAUCCCUAUCCCGCCACCGUUACAUCCCACCUCCGCCGCUUCCGAUGCCUCCGAGAAGGAUCAUGACGAGCACGUCGAUGGGUUACUCGGAUGAUGCGAUGACGUCAUCAUCGUCACAUACCACUACGGACUAUGAUGAUAUUGUUCCAGUACCAACACCGUCCUAUGUGAUAUAUCCAGCGGCUUCUAUCGCUCAGGCCAGCAGGCGGCAGCAACAGGGUUCCGCGAAAAAUAGAAUUUUUAGAAGUCCUACUUAUCAUCAUGAUGCAUUUGUGAACUCACACGAAUGGACGCUGAGCAGGUCGAUCAGUGAGAUGAAAUUGGGAAUCGUUGGCACGUCACAAUCAGGCAAAACCGCACUCGUCCAUCGAUACCUAACAGGAACAUACACACCGGAUGAGAGUCCUGAAGGUGGUCGAUUCAAAAAGGAAGUUGUGAUUGAAGGACAGAGUCAUUUAUUACUGAUUCGAGACGAAGGCCAACAACAUUUGGACGUUCAGUUUUGUCAGUGGGUCGACGCCGUUGUCUUUGUCUUCAACGUUUGCUCGAUACAAAGCUACGAUAGUAUUCAGGCGUUGGCGCAUGAGAUGAGCAAAUAUCGAAAUAUCAGUGAUUUACCUCUGAUAUUAGUUGGAACGAAGGACCACAUAUCAGAAAAACGAGCUCGUGUGAUCACCGAGGACGAGGGACGUCAACUGGCCGCUCAAAUGAAGCGAUGUUCGUAUUUUGAAACGUCGAGCACUUAUGGAACAAAUGUGGAGAGAGUUUUCAAAGAAGCGUGCUGUAAAAUCAUCCAACUACGAGUACGAUCACAAGUGGGCGCCGCAGCCGCCGCCUCUUCACAAGCCAGAACGCCAACGCCUACGCAUUCGGAGAGUGGUGGACGAAAGGAUUAUCAGGAUCCAUCAAGAUAUAUUAGUUCGAAUUCAUUCGUUAUGCCAUCCAACAUGCGUCCCUCUUUCCCGAGCAAUUCGACGCGUCGAAAUACCGUACAUCAUCGGGGGGAACAUCCACAACAGCAGCAAUAUCAGCAGCAGCCACCAUCUUCAUCAAGAACUGCCAGUGAAAGAUCAAUGUCGGCGAUGUUGGGUACUCCGUACGGCAAUCGGAUGCCUGCUGGUGUAUCCCCGUCGGCUAGUCAGAAGUCGGUACAUUCGAUUGCGAAUGGAUGUUACUCGAGAUCAUCGGCAGCACUUUUGGAUUCAGAUACGCCGGCAGUCAAUUCAUAUCUAAUUGAUUCUAUGUCGUCGGCGGGAUUUCCAUUGUCACAGAGUGGUGCGAAUCAGGUGUCUGCUUCGACAUCACAUCUACCGACACCUUCAUCGACACCGAAUACGCAGAGGAAGAAUCGAAGGAUUUCCAACAUUUUUAGACAAAAGGAUCACCAAGAGGAAAAGUCCAAAAUGAUCGAAUCACUAAAUCUUGGAAUUGGUCGAGCUAUUCCGAUAAAACAGGGAAAUUUGUACAAAAAGAGCUCCAAAUCUGCAUUGAAUCGAGAAUGGAAGAAAAAAUACGUGUGCCUGUACAGUGAUGGACGUCUCACAUAUCAUACAAAUCUCAAGGAAUAUAUGGAUAAGACUGCACACGGAAAAGAGAUGGAUCUGAAGUUGGCGACAAUCCGAAUCACUGGACGUCUGCAUCCACUUCAUUCCCAUCGUGUCGCAAGUUCUGUGGAUCCGAUGAAUGGCGGUGGAGGUGGUGGCACGCCGACGCUCAAGAGCUACGAGCCACGGAGGAGUGACGUCGGAGCCAACUCUGGCGAUGGAACUUCUGGUGGUGGAUCGGAUGAUGCGAUUAAGGAGAAUCAGAGACAACACUUCUCACCGCCUGCCAUGCCUCAAACCGUAGCUGGGAAGAAGAAGCGAGAGUCGAGGAAGAUCGGAACGAAUUCGAAGCAUAAUGAUGAGGAGGACGAGUGUUUUGAAGUUAUAAAUAAUUGUUUAAUGAGAUGGGAAUUCUGUGCUGGAUCACUUGAAGAACGUGAUGAAUGGAUUCAGGCGAUUGGUGGUGAAAUUGAGAAAUCUCUUGGAAAAGAGGUAGCGAAUGCGAAGACCAACAAUCGAGCGGUAGCGAAUCGUCCGGAUAUUGCGGCACUUCGAUCGAUACCUGGAAACGGACGGUGUGCAGAUUGUGGGAAUCCAUCGUCUGAAUGGGCUUCUAUCAAUCUUGGCAUUAUCAUCUGCAUCGAGUGCUCUGGAAUCCACCGGAAUCUGGGAUCCCAUAUCUCGAAGGUUCGAGGAUUGGAGUUGGAUCAGUGGCCGGUGGAGCAUCUAGCAGUCAUGCAGGCUAUCGGAAAUGAUAAGGCCAAUGAGAUGUGGGAAUUUGGGCUGUUGAAUGGCGAGAGGAAGCCGACGCCGGAGAGUUCGAGAGAGGAGAAGGAGAGGUUUAUAGAUCGGAAAUAUGUGCAGAAGGCGUUCCUGAAGCCAAUCGCGUCUGGAGAACCUGUAACCUCUCAGCUCAUUUCUGCGGUGUUGGCUCGGGAUGUGAUGUCGCUUAACGUGCUUCUGGCUAAUGGAAUGUCGGUGGAGGAGAUCAAUACGACUACCAAAGACGGGCGGACUGUACUUCACUUGGCUGCCAGUAUUGGAAGUGUCGAGUUGGCUCAGCUGCUUAUUUGGCACAACGCCGACGCCCAAAUCCUCGACAACAAUGGUCGUUCUUGUCUUUUCUACGCUCGAUCCAACGGUUUCCGAGAAGUUUUCGAUAUGCUUGUGACGGCUGGCCUGUCACCGGACUAUGGUCUCCCGCAGGAGAUCAACGACUUUUCCCAGAUGCCAGAGUUUUUCGCAAUGGGAUCCACAUCAAACCGGGACUAUUCGACGUCCGGCGACGAGAUGUACGGCUCACGGCGGAUAUCAAUGGGUCCACCGCCUCAAGUGCCCGCUCGCCGAUACCUACCACAACAGCCGGAGCUCGACGAGACGAGUGUCAUCUGAAAAGUGUUGUAGCUCAGUCCUGCCUUUUGCCUGCCUAGGCAGGCGUACAUAUCCCUUCUCUAGUCGCUUAGUUUGUGUGUGUUCACUUCAAUUUUCUCAUCAGAUCUCUGCCUCGAGUGUUUUUUCGCCGUAUCCUGCCGUUUGUUUCUUCACUUUUUUAAAAAUAUUUUUCUCAAAUCCCCUAUUUUUCUAAGUUUUUAAAUUGAAAUUAUGAUAGCUCUCCGCAUCCUCAUUCCCUCUUUUUUAAAUCGUUGUCUAAUAUUCUAUGUUCUUUUUUCUUUAUGUAUUUUAUCAUGCAAUUUUCACUUUGAUUAUAUUAAGAAAUUAUCUUAAAUUUUUAAUGGAAAAGUAAAAUUUUGAAUUCAG